AGACCUCAUGCUCAAGCCGAAAUGUUUGAAUUGGGUCGUGCGGCUUUUAUUUUGAAUGAACUGCGCUUAUUUGGUCUGCUGCCAUCCAAACUUCUCAGAUCAUUUAAGACAGGGUGUAACAAUCUUCCCUGCCAAGGAAGGAUAGGCACCAGGGACCAUGAGUGAGAAUGGCCCUCAUACGGAGGCGUCCAUGUACUUUGAGGUUGAGGUGGAUCAUCUGGAACGGGACGAUGAAGAAGACGACAAGAUCCACUUUGACAAAGAUGAUGACCUGAUAGCUGAACCUUCGUCGUCCACUGGUCGGGUGUACGACCGCACCACAGUGCUCAUCGAGCGGGACCCCAUUCGUCUGGAUGAGGAGGGUGAAGAGGAGGGUCACUGUGGAGGAGAUGAAGAAGUCACCUUCUUAACUGAAGGGGAAGGUGAUGGGGAUGAGGAGGAGGGGUCUCUUGUCUUUAUGGCCGACCCUGAUGGGAUGUCACAGGGUUAUGUGCACCACACUAUUUCUCCAGACCAGAUCCAGUUCACGAUAAAUCCAGGCUCCACCCCCAUGCCACGCAACAUAGAGGGGGCUACGCUUACUCUGCAUUCUGAGUGCCCAGAGACCAAGCAGAGAGAGGUAAAGCGCUACCAGUGCACAUUUGAAGGCUGCACAAGGACAUACAGCACGGCAGGAAACCUGCGAACACACCAGAAGACACACCGAGGCGAGUACACAUUCGUGUGUAAUCAGCAGGGCUGUGGAAAGGCCUUCCUCACCUCUUACAGCCUCAAAAUCCAUGUGCGUGUUCACACCAAGGAGAAGCCAUUUGAGUGUGAUGUGCAAGGCUGUGAAAAGGCCUUCAACACACUAUACAGACUAAAAGCACACCAGAGACUUCACACCGGCAAGACGUUCAAUUGUGAAUCAGAGGGAUGCACAAAGUACUUUACCACGCUCAGCGAUCUGAGGAAGCACAUUCGCACACACACUGGGGAGAAACCAUUCCGGUGUGACCAUGAUGGCUGUGGCAAAGCCUUUGCUGCAAGUCAUCAUCUAAAAACACAUGUACGGACACACACAGGGGAGAAGCCAUUCAACUGUCCUAGUGAUGGCUGUGAGAAGACUUUUAGCAGCCAGUACAGUCUGAAGAGUCACAUCCGGGGCCAUGACAAAGGACAGCCCUUCACUGUCACCCUCACCCAUCCGCUCUCUGAAGAUGCAAAUCAUUCACUGUGCCUCAGUGACUUGAGCCUGAUCUCCACAGACUCGGAGCUACGAGAAAACAUUCAUAAUGCUCAAAAUAUGGACCUCAGCAAUGUCACACCUGUCAAGAUAUUUGAGCUCAUGUUCCAGAGUCCUGACAACAGUAUCAGCCAAGAUGAUGCCCGUCCCAACGAGAGCCUUGCUGAACCCUUCAGCCUAGAGACCCCCACCCAUUUGGGAGUGACUGAUGCCUCGCCUCUCAUCUCUUUCUCUAUCAGUCCUACCUCCUCAUCUUCCUGUUCCCACACCACUGCAGUCAUGGAGGCUUCUUCCCAGCUCCGUAAGAGCUCUUCCUCUCAGGCCUCCACCCCUGCCACUGUCACUGCUACUGUCGACUCCACCCAGCCGCCCCCUUUCGUGCAGUUAAGUGGGCCUCAGCAGAUCUCAGAUCCCCAGGCUUCUGUUCAGCCACCAGACCAUGUCACCCCACAGCAUUUUGUGGCACUGCCACCCUCAUUCCUCCAGCCAGAUAGUGCUACACAGACCACUCCUUUACCACCAGCCAUGUCUGCUCCCCCUUCAGUGGCUUCUGCACUGACCACCACAACACCAGGCCAUGCUGCUGCUGUUGUUGCAGCUACCACAAUGGAUGCUUUAGCUGCUGUGGCUCAACCUGUGCCUUUGGCCAGCAAUCCUGUCCCCAACUCUGGCCCUGGUCUGGCUCCCACCCCUGCCACCAUCACCAUAGCGCCCACCCAGAACCUAAUGCAGCCCAGCCUAGUCAUGUCUGACCAGAACCUCCAGUGGAUCCUCAGCAGUGCUGCCAACAACCAGCAAACAGAGCAAGCACCGCAUCAAGGAGCUCCAAAAGUGGAAAAGGUUUUCUUCACUACAGCCAUACCAGUGGGGGGAAACCCUGGCAACUCGGUCCAACAGAUUGGCCUCAGCCUGCCAGUCAUCAUCAUCAAACAGGAGGAAUCCUGCCAGUGCCAUUGUGCCUGCAGGGACUCUGCUAAAGAAAAGAAUGCAAAGAGUUUCUCCUCCGUUGUUUCAGCCCCAGCACAGCAGCAGCCACCAGAUCCCCCUCCCCCACCACUAUCAGAGCCUCCACACCAUCCAACCACUUCAUCAUCCUCAUGCUGCCUCCCCAAGUCUCCCUCCAAGGUGGGUGACGCGAGGCUGGAGGCCCCCUCCUCUUCAGCUUCUUCUUCUUCUUCAUCUUCUUCCUCCACAGCUCAGACAUUCUCAACGAUCGUGAGCAGCACUGCCACGAACCCGCCUUCAUCUGACGGGUUAGCCAGUAUGGACGUCUCAGACUUCCUCUCCCUGCAGAGCCCCGAGACAGCUGCCAAUAUUGAGGCUCUGCUGCUGGUCGCAGAUGACUUCAACAUGGCCACCGAUGGCACUCCUUAGAAGAACUGCUUUCUGAGUCUGGCACCAUGUGUUUGUCUGUUGCACCCACGCAUCCACAAGCAUAGAUUCCACCUACACCUUGAGUCAUUCUCCAAAGUGAUGCUUCUUCCUUCACCCUAUAUAGUGUGUACAUCAAACCGCCUGUACCUGCAGUGCAUUCUCUUCUGUAUGGCACUGUGCAACAUAUAUAUACAAACUAUGAAUAACUUUUCUGUUGAGUCUCAUUGCAGUAGUUGAGUUUUUUUAGAAACGGGAUUAGUUUGCUUAUUGAGAUUUAGCAACUUUAACGCUCAUUAAUGCAGGGAAAGGGCAGUCGAUCCUUUUGUUCAAAACAAAAAACCUGUAUAUAAUAAUCCUCAAGAUGUCCACUCUGAAUUGAUUGAAACAAGUGAGUGUUGUCCAAGCACUGAUAAUUUUAGAGUUCCAUUCUCCUGGCUGGAAGGUCACACACCUCAGCAGGGAAACAAAACUCCUCUGUAUAUCCUUGUACUGUACUACAGGUCCUAACACAUUCUUAAAGCUGGUAUGCAACUGACUAGAAUGCACUGUAUAUUAGAGGAAUUUGCUAUAAUUUUACUCAAGCAUUGCUCUCAGCAGGAGUUUUGGAGCUGGCAACACAGCCCCUCAUAUAGCUGAUAAGUAAUAUGAAGUAAUUUCCUCAUUUUUUUUUUUUUAUGUUUUGUUUUUAGAGCAAUUAGUGUAGUCCUUAAAAUGUGAUGAUUCUUUUCUAUUUGUUUGGACAGCUAUUUACUAAUUGAGAGAAGAACCUGUGAUCAGAUCUGCCUGUCUUUUGAAAUGACCUAAGUCAGUACAUCAAUAAGUUGCCUAUAACUUAAACUAACUUAAAAUUGUAUAUGUUAAUUUAUUUAAAUGCUUGAUUCUUUCAUUAUACUGGUAAUACUAUCAUCUUCGAGAUAGCAGAAAAAAUAUAUUAAUUUAUUCCAAUCAUUUGUUGUAUUUUUAAGUUGAGCUGUUUUUUGUUCUUUUUAGUUACUGAAUUGUUUUCCCUUUUAGAACGUAAUGGGUAUUGCUUAAAGGAAGUUUGAGAAAAGAGGCACCUAUAGUCGACUGCACAGUGAAGCAAAUUAUCUUCUGGGAUCUGCUUGUUUGCAAAGAUUGUCCAUAAUUAAACAGUAAGGAACUACUGUCAACAUCCCAUGUUUUUUUUAGGGUUGUGACCCUCUCAGGGAUGCAUCAAGUCAUAACUGAUCCUGGUUCCCCUAAUUUGUUACUCAGACAUGCGUUUUCUUUACCAGAUGUCCCACACUUGCAGUAGCCCUACGUUUUGCUGCACUCUUCCCUGUUUAUUGCACACUAACUUGUAAAGCGAGUAAUCCGACAGCUUGUUAGCUGAGGUGCAGCACCACUACAGACUUUUUGUAUACAACUGCUGUAAAGUAGCAUUUAAAAGAUGGUGUCCUGGCGACAGUGUAAAUAUAAUACAUUUUAGUGUAAACAUGUUUGAGAAACUUGUAGAUUAUUCUAGAAUUUGUAUUUUUGUAUAGAUUUUUGGAUUACUAACUCUCAGAGUUUGGAGCUAAUGUACACUCUCUAUCCUUUCCUUCUUCCGCCUGUCACAUUUAUGCAGAAGAUUGCAGAAGAGUUUUUUGCUGUGUUUAGUUGAAUAGUUCUACAAGCAACUGUGCUUCUGUACAGUCCCUAUAGUAACAAGUUGUAUGUAACACAUAGCCUCCUGCUCAGAGUAUAAUUUAACAGUAUUGUUUCACAUGGGACACAAUGCAAUGAUGACAAAGCAAAGGCAUUAUGGCCUGUAAAUUAGAGUGUAGAGCUACUUGGCCUUACAACAUGAACUGUUCUGUGAGCCUCCUUGCCUUGACAGUCUCUGUUUCAGACACUGACAUAUUGACACUCAUCUCCACUGACUCUCAGGCGAUCACUUCCAGCAGCAGAUCACACUGAGGAAAAAGCGCUGAAACUGAUAACGUUGUAUUGUUUUCCAACUGUAAUGUUUGGAAAGUCUAAUGGAUAUGCAGCAUCCUGCUAAAAUAUAGUCGAUACAUAACUGAUGCGGAUGACGUGAUUCUGCAUUUUAAUUCCAGGUUGUAGGAUCAUACCAAACUGACGACCCUGUCACUUCAAAUCGGGAUAUUUCUUUGUCUUUUUGCCAUAAUGUAGGAGCAGAGCUUUCCCUUGAGUCACAGGUGCCCUGAAGGCAGUAGAUUGAUUACAAGAGGCUCCUGUUGCACAUUUUGUGUUUGAAACCAUUCCACAUAUGCAGCAUUUGAUAUUUGGAGUGUCAAAGUCUAAAGUUGGCUCCAUUUGGAUUAUAAAUUAUAAUUAAGUGUCCCCGUUUAGACUCUCUAAACACUUACUGCCAAGAGUCAGGCACGUACAUCAUUAUACAUUCUCAUAACUGCAUACUGUCAAUGAACACAACUAUGCAAUUUAAGGUGUGGCAUUCACAAGUUUAAAUACCAGUUCCAACAAAAAAGUUUAUUAAUGCCUCUCUCCAUGAAAUGAUAUUCAGUUUCAAAUUGUACGCCAAACUCCAAUGGCAAAAAUGUGCAUUUCCAGUGCAUUGAUUUUUAAGCAUGCUUGUGGGGCUUCAGUAUAUUGCAUUUCAUAUUCUACACUGUGGUGUGAAUCUGAGCUUUGUAGUGCAACCAUUAAGUACUGUUCCCAUGAAUGUCACCCCACAAUUAUUAUUUUAUGUGCGGUUUUGCCUCUGAGGUAACUGGUUUAAAACCAACUGAAUCUGUUUGAGGGAGUAUGUUGGCGAAUGAAUGGUUCUGUUUUAAGAAUUACUUUGGUCAAAUGUACGCAAUGUUUUCCUUUUUUUAUUUCAAGACUUUGUGGUGGAUGUGUUUCAUUGAGCUCACUCCAUUUAUGUAGUUCAUCUCAGCCUUUCCACUUACUUAAAGAUGACUUGUGUUUUAUUUGUUGGCUUUCACCUUCACCAAUGAGAGUCUGACUUACUGCUGCCAAUAUUUGUUUUAACCAUUAAGCAGAGACAUGGUUUUUGACUUGUGGCCCUGGUUUGUCUGUCCGAUGUUUGCCUGUAAAAGGUGACGUCGGCAAAUCACAGAUGGUGACAUUUGUUUGGAAGCAGAUUGAUCAAACAUAAAGCCAGAGUAUUUUUGUUUUUUGGGGGAGAAUUGAGAUCCAGAAUUUCUGCCAUCUCCAACAUUUUUCCAAAUAGGCAAUAUUUAACAAAAAUGAGUCAAAAAAGAAACUAUAUGCUUCCAAAGGAAUGUCUUUACACCCAAAGAGUGAGGAAUUGUUAAGGAUUUGUAUUUUUAAAGAAUGUAUAAUGUGAAAAUGUUUGCUUAUGCUCGUUUCAUAUAAAAUAUAAUAACUUUCUGAAUUGAGAGCAAUAUAAUAUGAAUAAAACCUUAUCCUUGUCACUGAAA